GCCCGGAGAGCCGCAUCUGUUGGCAGCUUUGUUAUUGAUCGCAAACUGCUCGCCGCCGAUUUGGCUUCGAGGCUGGCUUCGCGCGACCCUUGAGUUUUCGCCUCUGUCCUGUCCCCAGAACUGACAGGUGCUCCCAGCAACUUGCUGGUGGCUUCUCGCAGCUCCCCCGGCUCCCCCGCGUCCCCACCCCCUCUUUCCUCUUUCGCCUUCACCCCCACCCCCACCACUUCGGCGCAGCUCAGGAUUUGUUUAAACCUUGGGAAACUGGUUCAGGUCCAGGUUUUGCUUUGAUCCUUUUCAAAAACUGGAGACACAGAAGAGGGCUCUAGGAAAAAGUUUUGGAUGGGAUUAUGUGGAAACUACCCUGCGAUUCUCUGCUGCCAGAGCAGGCUCGGCGCUUCCACCCCAGUGCAGCCUUCCCCUGGCGGUGGUGAAAGAGACUCCGGAGUCGCUGCUUCCCAAGUGCCCGCCGUGAGUGAGCUCUCGCCCCAGUCAGCCAAAUGCUCCUCUUCGGGCUUCUCCUGCUGACAUCUGCCCUGGCCGGCCAGAGACAGGGGACUCAGGCUGAGUCCAACCUGAGUAGUAAAUUCCAGUUCUCCAGCAACAAGGAACAGAACGGAGUACAAGAUCCCCAGCAUGAGAGAAUUAUCACUGUGUCUACUAAUGGAAGUAUUCAUAGCCCAAGGUUUCCUCAUACUUAUCCAAGAAAUAUGGUCUUGGUAUGGAGAUUAGUAGCAGUAGAGGAAAAUAUGUGGAUACAACUUACAUUUGAUGAAAGAUUUGGGCUUGAAGACCCAGAAGAUGACAUAUGCAAGUAUGAUUUUGUAGAAGUUGAGGAGCCCAGUGAUGGAACUAUCCUAGGGCGCUGGUGUGGUUCUGGUGCUGUUCCAGGAAGACAGAUUUCCAAAGGAAAUCAAAUCAGGAUAAGAUUUGUAUCUGAUGAAUAUUUCCCUUCUGAACCGGGGUUCUGCAUCCACUACAAUAUUGUCAUGCCACAAUUCACAGAAGCUGUGAGUCCGUCAGUGUUACCCCCUUCAGCUUUGCCAUUGGACCUGCUUAAUAAUGCCGUGACUGCCUUUAGUACCUUGGAAGAUCUUAUUCGGUAUCUCGAACCAGAUAGAUGGCAGCUGGACUUAGAAGAUCUAUAUAGGCCAACUUGGCAGCUUCUUGGCAAGGCUUUUGUUUUUGGAAGAAAAUCCAGAGUGGUGGAUCUGAACCUUCUAAAAGAGGAGGUAAGAUUAUACAGCUGCACACCUCGUAACUUCUCGGUGUCCAUAAGGGAAGAACUAAAGAGAACCGAUACCAUUUUCUGGCCAGGUUGUCUCCUGGUUAAACGCUGUGGUGGAAACUGUGCCUGUUGUCUCCACAAUUGCAAUGAAUGUCAAUGUGUCCCAAGCAAAGUUACUAAAAAAUAUCACGAGGUCCUUCAGUUGAGACCAAAGAUUGGUGUCCGGGGAUUGCACAAAUCGCUCACGGACGUGGCCCUGGAGCACCACGAGGAGUGUGACUGUGUGUGCAGAGGGAACACAGGAGGAUAGUCACCACCAGCAGCGCCGGCGCAGAGCUGUGCAGUGCGGCGGCUGAUUCUGUUAGAGAACUUAUGCGUUAUCUCCAUCCUUAAUCUCGGUUGUUGCUUCAAGGAACUUUCACCUUCAAGAUUUACAGUGCAUUCUAAAAGAGGAGACACCAAACGGAAUGAGGAGCUGUGCAACAGCUCUUUUGAGAGAAGGCCCAAAGGACAGGAGAAAAGGUCUUCAAUCGUGGAAAAAAAAUUAAACGUUGUAGGUCACUAGCUAGUACAAAGUUACUGUGUACCUGUUCCACCAGCUGUGUUCUGUAUUUCAGUUGUCUUAAUAUGGUUUAGGUUAAUGUCGGUACAGGGAAAAAAACUGUACAAGUGAGCACCUAAUUCUGUUGCUUUGCUUAACUCAAAGGCUCCAUGUUCUGGGCCUAAAAUCACAGAAAAUCUGGAAUUUUUUCCUUAUAUUCACAUAUAUAAGCCAGAAUGUUCUGUGUUCUACAAACGUGGUUUUUAAAAAGGAACUGUAUUGCUAUGAAUUAAACUUGUGUCAUACUGAUAGAAAAGACUGGAUUUUCCAUAUUUCUUGUUAAAAUUUCUACCAUUUAGAAGAAGAGAAUUACAUUCGUGUUUUGGAAGAGACCGGAACAGAAGAGUGGCCUUAUCUUCACUUUACCUAUAAGUUGGUUUAUUUGUUUUAUUGUGUACAUUUUUAUAUUCUCCUUUUGACAUUAUAACUAUUGGCUUUUCUAAUCUUGUUAAAUAUAUCUAUUUUUACCAAAGGUAUUUAAUAUUCUUUUUUAUGACAACCUAGAUCAACUAUUUUUAGCUUGGUAAAUUUUUCUAAACAGAAUUCUUAUAAGCCAGAGGAACAAAGAUGAUAUAAAAUAUUGUUGCUCUGACAAAAAUACAUGUAUUUUAUUCUCGUAUGGUGCUAGAGCUUAGACUAAUCUGACUUUUAAAAUACUGAAGUGGGAAAUCAAAAUUGGUAAGUUGCAAAGACUUUUUGAAAAUAAUUAAAUUAUCACAUCUUCCACCUCUGUUAUUGGAGAUGCAAAUAAAAAGCAACAUAUGAAAGCAGACAUUCAGAUCCAGUCAUUACUAACCUUAUCCUUUUUGGGGGAAAUAUGAGCCUAGCUCAGAAGAACAUAAAGCACCUUGAAAAAAGAGACUUGGCAGCUUCCUGACAAAGCGUGCUGCGCUGUGCUGUAGGAACACAUCCUAUUUAUUGUGAUGUCAUGGUUUUAUUAUCUUUAAACUCUGUUCCAUACGCUUGUAUAAAUACAUGGAUAUUUUUAUGUACAGAAGUAUAUCCUUUAACCAGUUCACUUAUUGUACUCUUUGGCAAUUGAAAAGAAAAUCAGUAAAAUACUUUGCUUGUAAAAUGCUUAAUGUUGUGCGUAGGUGAUGUGGUGACUAUUUGAAUUAAAAAUGUAUUGAAUCAUCAAAUAAAAGAAUGCAGCUAUUUUGGGGAGAAA